GCCGGGCCGCCGCGGGCCGGGCCGGGGGAAGGCUCAGGCUGGCUAGCCCGGGUCCCGGGCCGUCAAGGGCUCCGGCAAGCGUGCGGGGAUGAGCGGAACCCUGGGCCGGGCGGCGGCGGCUCUGCUCCGCUGGGGGCGCGGCGCGGGCGGCGGCGGCCUGCGGGGCCCGGGCGUGCGGGCGGCGAGCUCGGGGGGCAGCGGCUCGGCCGAGCACCUGGACGCGCUGGUGAAGAAGGACAAGGUGGUGGUCUUCCUCAAGGGGACGCCGGAGCAGCCCCAGUGCGGCUUCAGCAACGCCGUCGUGCAGAUCCUGCGGCUGCACGGCGUCCGCGACUACGCGGCCUACAACGUGCUGGACGACCCCCAGCUCCGGCAAGGCAUUAAAGACUAUUCCAACUGGCCCACCAUCCCGCAGGUGUACCUCAACGGCGAGUUUGUGGGGGGCUGUGACAUUCUUCUGCAGAUGCACCAGAACGGGGACCUGGUGGAAGAACUGAAAAAGCUGGGGAUCCGCUCCGCCCUUUUAGAUGAGAAGAAAGACCAGGACUCGAAAUGAGGGCGGCCGGGGCCAGGCAGCCACCGGCGUCAGAGACUCAGCGCCAGAAAAGCCUUACGAUUUUGGUUUUCACUCUUCAGACAGCUGCCGGCCCUGAUUCUUCCAGUCUGUGAGCAGUCGGGUGAUUUUAGCGUGUCUUGUGCCGGGCAAGGAGUAUCCUGUUGUGAACGUAAUUGUAACCACUGCACUGUAAUAAUCAAUGUUGUAUUAGGAGAUCAUUGUAAGCACAGUUUCUUCUUCUAUUGUCCUUUGCUCUUUGCCUGAUUCAGGAGUAAAAAUAGGAGCUUUUGAAUCAUCAUUGUCACUUGUGAGUCCUCUGCAAAUGUAUCAGUCUGCAAAGAUAAUAUAUCCCCCCUUCAAGUUUUUUGUAACUUGUUCUGUUAAGAAAAAUGAUGGACAAGGAAGAAAAUAGGAUAACUGGGGUGUUUUUUUAAAAAUAAACUGCCAACCCAGGGGUACGGUGUGUGAGUUGUUAAUCUGAAUAGCAGUGAGUCUGUGUCUUAGCCCAUGUGGGCUGCUGUAACAGAAUGCUGCAGACUGAAUGGCUUAGAAACAACAGAUAUUUUUCUAUCAGGGAAAAAAAAAAAAAAGAAAACACCAGAUGUUUGUUUUUCACAGUUCUGGAGGCUGGAAGUCCAGGAUCAAGGCUCUGGCAGGUUAGGUGUGUAGGGAGGACCUGCCCCUGGUUCGCAGAGAGCCGUCUUCUCACCGUGUCCUACAGAAGCUCUUUAGGGUCCCUUUGCUAAGGGCACUAAUCCUGUUCAUGGGGGCUUCACCCCCCCACUACCUCAUCACCUCCCAAAGACCCCACCUCUUAAAACCAUCACUUUGCGGGGUGUGUGUUAACACAGGAAUUUUGAGGGGACACAGGCGUUCAGUCUGUAGCAAUCUGUAAGGAUUUUUAUCACCUCUGAACUUUUGAUUUUAGGAAUUAAGAGUGAUUCUCAUAAUCUUCUGUUCAGUUUGCCCCUAAAAUUGCCAUCAGUCUGUGUUCUAAUUUCUCAAGGAGAAGUUAAGUAUUGUACAUGCUGAGUGGUGGUGAUGGUCCAGUUAGGGCUGGGGUGGACUGGUGAGAAGUGAGGUGGGGCAAGACCUGUGCGUGGCCAGCUGCGCUGCAGCUGGAUGGGGAGAAGCCGUUAGUCGUCCAAAGAAUGGGACCUAAUGCAUAUUUUAUUUCUUAAGAAUGGGGCCUUUAUACAGAAGGACGUAAGUGGAGUCAUAGCCAAGAUCUUCCCGUAUAUGGUACCUUUAUGACAAGGCUGUCACUCCACCCUGAGUCUGGCGGUAGAGCUGGAGGUAAGCUUUAUGGCAGCUCACGGGCAGAAAGCCCAUACUGGCACGGUGUGCCUCUGGGUCCCCAGAAUCAUGGCUUAAACAGAGCAUCUAUUUAGAAGCGCAUCUUUACAGUGGCAGAGGUAGGAAGAAGAUGCAUUUUUUAAUGAAAAGGGCAAAAAUGACAAUAUGGAAAGAAGGAUGGCUUAUCCCUCCAGAGCCAUUCUGGAGCCUUGUUCUGUGUGACUCUUUAGUCUGCAUGAGUACCUCCUGGACAGACUGAUGGUGGACAGACUUAGUGAGGGAAGGGUGGACCUGCUGGGGCUGGUAGCUUGCAGUGCUGCCCCUCCCCGAGAGGUUUUGGGGUUCCCAGAAGAAAAGGGAGGCCAGUUAUAGUCUUGCCCCCGCUUCACUCGGGACUGUUCUGUCGGGUGAGAGGCCUGCCCCUUGUAAAUCCCAGCGCUCCAGGCUUCAGGGGGAAGAACAGCAGGUUCUUGUCACAAAGGUUUUGUGUUACGCGACUUGCAGGCUGCAUCCAUCAGUAAGUUUUAUGUCUGCUCUAAGAGCUUACACAGACUUGGAGGAGGUUGGAGCUCAUUUGUUGGAAGCCUUUUGUUUACAGAUCGAAGCGAGGCACUAGAAGGAAGCCCUGUGCUGCUGCUAUGCUGUGGCCAAGCCGAGGUUAUGACCUGUCCUUUGGAAAGAAUACCACGAACAAGUCACUUUUUACUGUCCCUGGAUUUGUACCAGGCCGUGGGCCCACGCAUGAGUCUGCAGAAUUGUCCCUUGCCUUCACAUCGGGUGGGUCAUACGGUGCUUUUCCAUUGUUUUGCUCCUUUUGGCUUUUCCUUAAAUCUGCCUGUAUACCCUUAGGGUUCAUCGGAAAAAUGACGAGAAACUUAUUUGCAGGGAAACAUCCAUGUAAGAAACCUCACGAGAAUAUUCGCACUAGGGCAGAGCCGCCCAGUGAACAAUUUGACGCCAGUGCUUAGGAGUCACAGUGAGAUCGUAUCAGUCACCAGAGAGCCCAAAAGUUUAAGGAAUCACCGGACUCUGCAGAAAUGGGAAUGUUCUUUCCAGAAGUUAAUUAAUACUUUUUUUUCUAUUAUGACAAGUCUUUGCCAAAUGGGAAAUUGAAGAUGCUAUCUGAUGUCAGCCUGAAUAAUUGUAAUGAUCUGCAUAAUUAGAAUUCGCCAUGAUAAUUGGAACUGUGACACCAAAGUUCCUUGUACAAACAGCAAUAUCACACAUCUGUUUAAAAUGCAAGCUCUGCUUCACGGUUUUCCCCUGGAGUACAUUGGCUUGUAUCAUUUGAUUUGAUGUAUUGGAUUUUUGUCACAACUUCCGAGUAUUGUUAUUAAAUAGACCCUUUAGAAAUAGAAGGAGUUAUUUUAGAAAAUUAAACAUUUUGCGUGAGUUGAGGUGGUUUUUGUCUCACAAGCUGGUAGUUACCUAAAUGUCAUUACACUUCAUUUAAGCUAUGAGCUUUGGAGAUAUUUUAGAACAGAAGGGUAGAUUUAUGACGUCUUGGGUUUCGUGUUAUUGGCCCUAUUGAAUUGACUUGGGUAGAAUCUGAGACCUCAAGCUUUCCUGUAAUUAUUAAAGCCACAACAGCUAGCUCGAGAGAGAAUUCUUGUAAAUUUAUUAAAGAGCUUAGAUAAUUUAGAGAAAAAUUGUGUCUUGAGAAGUUGGGUCCUUUGUUAUUUGUGACAGGAAAGAUUGUGCUAAGGGUUCAGAGGAGUGACCUUUGUGUUGGCAAAGUUAAUGUUGGAGUGAAUUUAAACCAGAGGCAAGGGAGCUUCCAGGUUUGUUCCUGAGAAUCACUGACAGGCAAAAAUAGAUACUGGUGGAUGGUCACACAAAAAAGAAGCUGAUUUGAUAGCUAUUUUUAAAAAAUCCAUUUCAUAUUCUGCUUAAGAAUUGGUUAGUAAAUCUCAAAAAUUGCUUUAAGUUAGACUAGGAACUCUGUGGCAGCUAAUCUGAGGGAGAGGGGAGGACUGGUGAAGGGGGAGGAGCUGGUUUCAAGCCCAGGUGCCAAGACAGCCACAGAGUGUCAUAGACGGACUUGCAGGAAGUUGCGUCCUGUCCUGUUCCUGAGAGUAGAUCCCUGCAGGUCUGAGAGCCGCACGGAGCGUCCUGCUGAGACGUGCAACGGCAGAGCAGGCCUCAUUGGGCAGAGACGAAUGAAGCCUGGGGGAAGGUGCCCCAGGCUCCCCCAGGUGUGUGGACACGCGACCAGGCCAGUGAUCCCACUGGGGUUCACUUGGUGAGCUUCCAAGUGGCAGGAAGUGGGUGUUUUUGCCAGGGAGCAAAGUGCUCUCCCAGGAAGCCCUCAUCUUCUGCUGGGCUUCCCCUCUGACAACCUCAGACCCAGCCCUGGGCCCCUGGCAUCAGUUUCUGCACAUUCGCACCUGUUGUCACCUGUUAGCCUCCCUAGGGAUGGGCCCUGAGUUCUCACUUCCCUCCCUCCCCCACUCCCUCCUCUGUCUGCCAUCCCAGCCCUUUCCUUUGUCCCUUUUUUCUUCUGUCCCCUCUGGUUGUUAGCAAUGUGGUCCAGUAAGGCUUUUAGAUCCCCAGGCAUUGGAAUUUUUAAACAGUUAGUUGAUUUCUACUUUGAUAAUACAAUGAAAGUCAGCAAACCCCUGCCUUUCACCUUUCAACACAGUCUUGUUUUCCAGAGGCCACCAGUUUCCGUUCUUAAGCUAUUUCUUCUAUUUGCCUCCAGAUUUCUUAAUAAUAUGCUUAUAAUCGCUAUUUCUUUGCUAAUCAAUUUCCGACAUUAUGUCAUCUUUUUACCAUUUUGCUAGAAAAGGAUUCAAGGCUCUUACAUCAUCACCAACACCCCACACCCAACUUCUCCCUUAUUCAUCACACAGUUAUAAAAUUUUUAGGCUAAAUUGACGGUCAGUUUGAAAGAGAGAGAAAAUCAGUGGAUUAAUCAUUGGUUAGGUGGGUUAGGAAGGAAAAGACCUCUAUCAGAAUAAGGAUGUCGAGAGGGGACCUUUAUGAUUGGAUCACGGAAGAAGACCCCCUCUUCUGAGGUAAUGCUGCAGCAAAGAGCUUCCAACUUUUAAUUCUGCUACCUGUUUAAAAAUAUUAUUUCUGGGAGCUCUUAUUCACUGACUAAUCUCUUUAAAAAUAAAAAUUUACUAGCUAACCAUUGUUAAGUACUUUCUUGUUGUAUAACCAUCACUACCAUCCAUCUCCAGAACGCUUUUCAUCUCGUAAAAUUGAAACCCUGCACCCAUCAAACAACUCCCCAUCCCCCCCUCCCCUCCCCAGCCCCGGCCACCAGCAGUCUACUUUGUCUCUGUAAAUCUGACCACUCCAGGUAGCUCCUAGAUGUGGAAUUAUAUGACAUGUGUCCUUUUGUGAAUGAUUUAUUUCACAUAGCAUAAGGUCCUCAAGGUUCAUCCACAUCGUAGCAUGUGCCAGUCUUUUUUUAAAAGCUGAAUAACAUUCCUUUGUGUGUCUGCACCACAUUUUGUUUAUCCGUUUGUCCAUCGAUGGACACUUGGUUCGCUUCCAUCUUUCGGCAGCUGUGAAUACUGCUGCUGUAGACGUGGGUGUACAAAAUGACUCUUUGAGACCCUGUUUUCGAUUCUUUGGGGUAUAUACCCAGAAGUGGAAUUGCUGGAUUUUACAUUAAAUCUAUGUUUGAUUUUUUUUGAGAAAUGGCCACUGUUUUCCAUAGCGGCUCCACUAUUUUACUUUCCCACCAAUAGCGCACAGACGGUCCAGUGUCUCCACACCCUCGCCAGCACUUCUUACUUUCUGUUUGUUUGUUUGUUUGUUUGGGUUUGGUCUGGUUUUCAGCCCUCCUAAUGGGUAUGAAUGAAUCCCUUUUCUAGCCGCUUGUUCUGCCUUUAUCCUUCAUGGAUGCAAUACCUUAGCUCUGAGGCUAUUACUUACAGCUUUUUAUUAUAAUUAUGAUUAAACCAUUCUUUAAAAAAAGUUCUGCAUUCUCCUUGAGCAUCCAGGUUUCCUCUGUCUGUUUGGGCCUCUCUUUUGUGCUGGAGACUUUCCAGCUGGAGGCUUAGCUACUGGCUCACAUUUGAGAAGUAAAGGACCCAUCAGGGGCUUGGGAUCGAAUAGGGGACUGGGGAACAGUGUGUGUUGUGUGUGUGUGGGCGGUGAGGCUGGAGGCGCCGGCUGCCGGGUGGGUUUCCCUGUACCACAUCUGGAUGCUGAGCUGACCUUCUAUUGGCGAACUCUCACAUCUCACAUGUCAGUAUUUGAAUGUCUAUUCUCUAAGGCUGUUUAAUUUUUCCAGAGAAGACUCUUCCAUCCCACCCAGGGGGUGUGGCCCUGUCUACCUUCUAGAAGCUAGAGUAGAAGGCUGGGGGGCUCUUUCUUCAGAGUGCAGGUCCCCGGCCACUCUGGUUUUCAACCCCAGGCCUCCCACCUCCUCUAUUGUCCCCUAGUCCCCGGGGUGGGGAAGUGGGGCCCCGCUGGGUGAGGUGGAGGAGGAGGAGGAGGGGUCCUGCAGGUCUCUUGCUUCACACCCUUACUUCCCCCCUCGUGCCCCCGCCUCUAGCCCUGGGCCACCCCUCCUGUGUGGUGCCUGCAGCUCGGCCUUGCCACACACACCUUCCUGCCCCGCAACCUUGGGGAGUUCUCUGUCUCCUCUGGCCUCCUCCCUUUCCCCCGUCCUCGUGUCUUCAUAGUAUUUAUCAUUUAUAUCUAUUUGUAUCUUUUUUAUUCAUUUACUUUCCUUUUAGUUUAGAGAGGAAGCCAAAACAAAUCCAGGUGAUCAAUCCCCAUGAUUAACUUCACGUUUCUUUUUUAAGCAGAAUUUUCUCAGAAUUUGUUCAGAUCACAAAAACAAUUUGUUUUCCUUUAGAAAACACUGAGGCCUAGAAAGAAGGAAAAAAUAGGCCAAUGGCCCCACUCACGGAUGAAAGACACUUUUCACAGGGCCCACUUCCUUCUACUUGCUGUUCUUCACGUCGUUUUGCACAGUUCAGGGCAGGCUGUAAAGACAACCUUCUGUUCCACUUUUUCUGCUUUUGGUAUCACAGUGUGCGCGUUUCCCAGGUCAUGACGCUUUGGGAAAUGUUUCGAAUAGCCGUGAAAAUUGCUCCUUGUACCAAAGUUUGCUUUAUUAUCCUAUUGUUUGCCUGCUGGGCUGUUUUCAAUGCGAAGUUUAAUACCGUGCUAAAGGUUUUUGUGCAAAAAGUUUAUUUUAUUUUAAAAGUUUUAAAGGGGAGAUCGGUUUGGCCACAGGUAAGGCAGAGGGUUGAAUGGUGGUCCCCCCAACAGAUACGUGACACCCUAACCCCUGGCACUCACGGAUGUGACCUGAGUGGGAAAAAGGGACUUUGCAGGCGUGAUUAAGGACCUUGAGAUGGGGUGAUGGUCCUGGGUUAUCGGGGCAAGUCCUAAAUCCGGUGACAAGUGUCCUUAUACGUACAAGACAGAAAAGGAGACACGCGGAGGAGGAGGUGAUUGAUGUGAAGAGAGACGUGGAGACUGAGGUGAUGCAGCCACAAGCCGGGGAAGCCCAGCGGACACCGGAAGCUGGAAGAGGCAAAGAACCGCUCCUCCCCUCCAGCCCCCGGAGGGAGCACGUCCAGCCUCCAGGCCUGGGAGAGAGCACAUGUCCGUUGUUUUAAGCCACCAAGUUUGUGCUGCUUUGUCAUGGUGGCCCCGGGAAAUGAAUACAGGUGGAUUCUAAGAAAUGGUGCUGAUGGUCAGAGAUAUGAGUAUUUCCAGGUCAUCAAUUUCAGCCUGUAAAACGCAGUUUAUACUAUCAUCCCAAUAAACACAGUCAUUUUAA